AUGGUACCACCAUUCCAAUAUCGAGAUUUGAGUUUGGACAGGAAAGAGAUCCGCCUCAUUGAGGUGGAACCCCUUGAAGUCGACGGUUUUGAAUCAAGGUCUGGGCCCGAAUCGGUGGUUCGGUGCCACUUGAAGCAUGCGAGUCUCAACGACCCGCCAUGGUACAGGGCGCUCUCCUACGUCUGGGGAGAUCCAACCCACACGAGCCAGAUCCUCCUGGAUGGCCAGCGGUUCCACGUCACGGCGAAUCUGGAAUCGGCCCUGAGACAUGUGGCGGCCGUGCGCCAGCAAGAGGCAGGUCCGGUGUUGACCUUGUGGGUUGACGCCAUUUGCAUCAAUCAGCAGAACGAGGAUGAGAAAAUGCACCAAGUCUCGCAGAUGAAGACUAUUUUCGAGACGGCAUCCGAGACGCUUCUCUGGCUGGGUCCCGCGAGCGAGGAUAGCGAUCUCGCCAUUGAUACCUUGCGCUCGAUGAACAGUAUGGCAAUAUCAAUGAAGGGGCUCUUCUCUUCGUGGUCCGCAGUCCCCUUCGCCGAAAAGCCAUCCGAUCCUCUGGUGGCCGCUGUUCAAAGCGUACUCGACCAGGUGCUGAUCGAGCUCUGUCGCGACGACUCAGCCCGGUUGAGAGCAAUCAGCGCGCUAUUUGAUAGGCCCUGGUUCCGCCGCGUCUGGGUGAUCCAAGAGCGCGUCCUGUCGUUCAACAGCACAGUCUGCUGUGGGAGGGAAUCGAUCAUGUGGGGGAUAUUCUAUGACGGGUUCUGGAUACUAUGUGGCCUGCGCGACUAUAUAAACCUGGUUGGCUGUGUGGCCGGCAGGGGCGAUAGCUCUGCGCUGGCAACUUAUCUCACGACGGCCUUGGACAAGGUGGUGCCUGUGGCCUUUACACCGCGUCGCUCUUCCGUGUUCCUCCUCUUCUCCCUGCUUUCUAGAAUGGCGACCCAGAACCAAUUGCAAGCCUCGGAUAGACGAGACUACGUAUUCGCGCUCCUGGGCCUGAUUGACCCUGGAAAGAGCCCAUCAAUCAUGGCGGACUAUACCAAAGACUGGCCCUCCAUUCAGGUCAAGGUAGCGAAAGCAUGCUUGGCCUAUUACGGACCGAGCUUCCUGUCCUUUGCCGGCGUUUGCGAGAGUACAGAAAGUUCCGCUGUAGCCGGGAGAGCCAUACCAUCCUGGGCACCAGAUUGGUCAUCUGAACACUUACCUCAGCCACUCAGCGUAGCUUCGGUGUUUGUUGUUCGGGGAAAUAACAGAAGAUCCGCCUAUUCGGUAUCGGCUGGCUACACUCAGACCCUGUCAAGAGGCUUUUCCGAUGGACACCGACUAGCAUUGGCCGCAUUCCUCGUAGACGAGGUUGUAGAACUGGGCCGGCCAUUCGCACAAGCCGAAACCUUCACACAAGACACGGCGCGAGUAGAGUCGCUGGCACUCUGGCUUAGAGACUUCGAUGAAAUUCUGCCAUCCACCAAUGAGGUAUACCAGACUCUGGAGCAGGUAAAGGAGGCCCUUUGGAGGACCCCGAUAGCAGACCGCGGGCUUCCGCACAACUGGGAAAGGGAACGAGCAUCCGAUCAAACAUUCGCAACAUACCAAGCUCUACGGGCUGGUCAGGUUAUCCAGGGUGUAAAGUACGCCAACAUCGCCAACAGCCAGCUCUACAGGAGGCGUCCCUUCAGGUCCUGCAGAGGUCAUCUCGGACUUGGCCCUCUGGGCACGUCCACUGGCGACUCUAUCUGGGUUAUCCCGGGAGCCGACGUUCCAUUCAUACUCCGACCUGCGGGGAACAACACUUUCCUAGUGAUCGGUGAGGCAUAUGUCCAUGGAAUUAUGGACAACGAACCGUGGAUAUCGCCACCGGUUGGACAGCUUCAAAAAAUCGAACUGAUUUAG